UUUGUGAUCCAAUUCAAUCACCUAAGACACUCCUGGUACAAAAGCAAUAGGUUUCUUGUUGGCAUCAAAUUAAAACCCUGACAAGUUGCCUCUCCCUCUACCUCGCCCUCCCAUUUUUCUUUACCUUCACUUCGAUCGAUCAAUCGAUUGAAACCCAAGUCACCUUCAAUUUAUCUUUGUUAUUUCUUGUUAGUGGAUUAUAAAAGUUCCAAUCUUGAUACCACCACCAUGGAUAGAAGUUCAUUCAAGCUUGAUCAUACUUUGGAGAGGAGGCAAGCAGAAGCUUCUCGCAUCAGAGAGAAAUAUCCUGAUAGAGUACCUGUGAUUGUGGAAAGGGCUGAAAGGAGUGAUAUCCCUGACAUUGAUAAGAAGAAAUAUCUCGUGCCAGCUGAUUUGACUGUGGGUCAGUUUGUUUAUGUUGUCCGGAAAAGGAUCAAGCUCGGUCCUGAGAAGGCUAUAUUUGUCUUUGUAAAAAACACUCUGCCUUCUACCGCUUCAUUGAUGUCUGCAAUCUAUGAGGAAAACAAGGAUGAAGAUGGUUUUCUUUACAUGACAUACAGUGGGGAGAAUACCUUUGGAUUGCACUAGAUUAUGUCAUCAAUCUGUAUAAAUGAAUCCUGGAAGAAGUAUAUUCUUAGCAUUCAGCAUAAGCUCUGACUUUUUUAUCUAUUCCCUUUAGUUUUGAUUAUACCAUUGAGUGGAUUAUGUAAGUUAUUUAUGCAUGGAAUUGAAUGGAUAACAUGACAUCAUUGCAGCUA